AUGAGCCGACCCCCAAGAAAUCGGAUCCAAAAACCAGCAGCGCCAGGCGGCGGUGUUCGAAAGAGCAGCAGCAGCGGCAGUGGCAAGAUGCUGUCUAUGUCAUACAGCGAGAGCAUCCGGAGUGGGAUCAACCGCUACCACUCAGACCAGGGGCUGAAUCAGCCACCGGCCAGGCCCACCGACCAGGCUGAGCUACAGAGACUCCGUGAACAGAGAGUUGCCGCUCAGAUUAAGAACAUGGAAGACUUUCUGAAGAUGAAUGGCCUGGCCCUGGAGGAGUGUGUGUCCUAUCAAACAGGCAUGAAGUACAGAAACCUUGGGAAGUCGGGCCUGCGGGUGUCCUGUCUUGGAUUAGGAACAUGGGUGACGUUUGGUGGACAGAUAACAGAUGAGAUGGCAGAACAGCUGAUGACUCUGGCUUAUGAAAAUGGCAUCAAUCUGUUUGACACAGCGGAGGUCUACGCUGCUGGGAAGGCAGAGGUGGUGCUAGGAAACAUCAUAAAGAAGAAAGGAUGGAGACGUUCAAGUCUGGUGAUAACAACAAAGAUUUUCUGGGGUGGAAAAGCGGAGACUGAAAGAGGUUUAUCCCGAAAACACAUUAUAGAAGGUUUAAAAGCAUCUCUAGAAAGACUGCAGUUAGACUAUGUGGAUGUGGUUUUUGCGAACAGACCGGACCCUAAUACACCUAUGGAAGAAACGGUUCGAGCAAUGACCCAUGUGAUAAAUCAAGGCAUGGCCAUGUACUGGGGAACAUCCCGCUGGAGCCCAAUGGAGAUAAUGGAAGCGUACUCUGUGGCGCGUCAGUUCAACCAAAUUCCUCCCAUCUGUGAGCAGGCUGAGUACCACAUGUUCCAAAGAGAGAAGGUGGAGGUGCAGCUACCUGAGCUCUUCCAUAAGAUAGGUGUGGGGGCCAUGACAUGGUCACCACUGGCCUGUGGGAUCAUCUCAGGGAAAUACGACGGCAGGGUGCCUCCUUAUUCUCGGGCUUCUCUGAAGGGUUACCAGUGGUUGAAGGACAAGAUCUUGAGUGAGGAGGGCCGGCGUCAGCAGGCGAAGUUGAAAGAGCUGCAGGCAAUCGCGGAGCGGCUGGGCUGCACUCUGCCCCAACUCGCCAUCGCGUGGUGCCUACGGAACGAGGGGGUGAGCUCUGUCCUUUUAGGGGCGUCCAACACUGACCAGCUGAUGGAGAACAUUGGAGCGAUACAGGUUCUUCCAAAGUUAUCGUCCUCCAUUACACACGAGGUGGACAGCAUCCUGGGGAACAAGCCGUACAGUAAAAAGGACUACCGCUCCUAACGCGCAGCACGGCCCCGCCCGGCAGGGCUGCACCCGGGCUGCAGCCGCAGCGCCCCACCUUUGCCUGAUCCUCUGUUUGCU